CGCCACCUUCAUUUGAUAUGCAGCCUGUCUGCGCUUCCUGUAGACGUCGGGAUGUGUGGGAACGGUCUGGAAAGGUAGCGAUACUAAGUUAGCAAACUAACUUAGUAUUUCGUUUUUACUGGAUUUCUGUCAACUUCGAAGUUAAAGACGUAGCUAAAAAGGAUACUGGGAACGCAGCGUUUGUCUAGAGUGAGUUAUGCGAAGUUGUAGGCUACUUUCACCAACUUGAAGUACUUUUGCAUGAAAAGCGCCUCCACAGCAAUUGGGACCGAACGCGAGGCUAGUAGCAGCAAUUUGGAUUUUCCAUAAACACUUCACGACACUAUUCCCUGAUGGCUGAAGCUAGGAUUGAUGAAGAGGAGGAAGAGUUGCGCGAGCUGAGGGAACCCGGCGUUCGGCGAAACUUGAGGCAGUCCAGUCCGGCCACAGGUCGGUCUGGGAGGAACAAACCAGAUCGCCGUCUGUCCAGCCAAGGACCUCUCUCCUCCAUACGAUCUGCCAUCAAGAGAACUUCAACAAGGACAAAUUCCCAGGGUGAUCAUUCUAGGGAACGGAGGAGGCCAGAGAUAACCAUCCUGUCGGCGGAACCCCUGGCAACGAAUGCCUGGUUUCCGGGGGCUGCAGCGGGAUUUCCGCCUCCGCCACCCCCAACCGAACACAUCUGGGGUGGGAGCAUUCCACCAGCAGCUCAGCCGCCGCCGUCUUAUGACGAGGUGAUCCGAGAGAAAACGCAGGAGCAGGCUCCGCCCCCUCCCCCAGCCAGCGCCCCCUCCAGGCUCUCCACCACCACCAUCGCCACGCAGACCGACUUCGUGCCCGAGGAAGAGGCCGAGGCAGAGCCCUCCGAACCGCAGUGCAACGUGACGUCACAAGCCGUCGAGAAGAACGCGCCCGGUGGAGGAAAACGCCCCAAGCCACCAAGGCCAUCCUUUCCGCUCAAGCCCAAAGCCCUGCCAAGUGACACGGCAGCGAAUUCAUCAGGCCCUCCGGGAACGUCCCUCGUUUCCCUGCCCGAGGAACAGACUGUGAGCAGCGUUCGCACAGCUGAGGCCAUAAAUAGCCUUCUGGAUACCGGCUGUGAAUUCCCGUCCUGCCCCUUAACCCCGGGGUCAGGUCUGCAAACAGAGCCCUGCGAACCCUUGUGUCUCAUCUCCCUGGACUGUCCCCCGGCCUCGACCACGGCGUCUUCCGCUCCCCCGCCCGGUUCCGUACCCGCGGCCAACGGCCGGCCUCAGGAGAACGCGAGACGCCCCACCCCGCGCCCUCGUUCCAGGGCCGUCGCCAGAGACGUCAAAGUUCAGACCCUGGUCAGGUUGAAGGACUGCGGCGAGAGCGUCCAGGAGAGCCAGGGCGGCGGGGAGGUUCCGUCGGGUAAGUACCUGCAGGAACUCCUGGACGUUUUCGGCUCGGGCGACGAGUUCCUGGGCAACCGGAGCGAUCGAAGCGGCGAGAGCGAUCAGAGCGAGUCGAACGAGCAAAGCGAAGAGGACAGCAUGAGCACCUUGCGCACCAAGAUCCAGGCCUUCGAGAAGCAGGGCGGCGCGGACGACGCGGACGACGCGGACGCGGAGCCCGUGAAGAGGCCCGAACCGCGGCCCGAACCGCGACCCCGCGUCCAGCAUUCCAAGCCCCCGCCGGUAGCCGCCAGGCCGGCCGUCCCGACCAAGCCGUCCCUCGCCCCGACGCCCUCGGACAAGCCGUCCCUCGCCCCGACGCCCUCGGACAAGCCGUCCCUCGCCCCGACGCCCUCGGACAAGCCGUCCCUCGCCCCGACGCCCUCGGACAAGCCGUCCCUCGCCCCGACGCCCUCGGACAAGGCUUUGGUGGAGAAGGGCUCCGCACCGUGCCCAAGGCCCGAAACGAACAACCACAAAGAGGGUGCCGGCGCCCCUACCCCCGCGCCACGGCCUCUCCUCCUGCCCAAAAAGCCCCCCGCUGAGAACGGGAAGAAGGAGGCGCUGCCCAACUUCACGCGCCCACCGCGACCCUUGGUAGCUGCUAGACCCAAAAACCUCGGGGCCCGGGACGAGGGCUGUGCUGCCAGUCGACCCGCCCCUCCGGUGCAGCCGAAAGUCCUCGUGGACCUCCUGGACCUCAGCAGCCCCCCUACAGUCACCGCGCCCACUGAAACGGGGCCAGACUGUGACAUCAUCAAAACUACUUCAGAUGAUGUACCAACCAAACCGGAGCAACCACUUGUCACCAUUCCAGAUCGCCCCAGCGUUCCUCAAAAGCCUACUGUGAUCCGAGUUUCCAGCAAACCUGGCAAAUCGGGUGGAGAUAGCUCUGCAGAACCUGCUCCGCCUCUUCCAGCACAAAACCCAGUCGGUGGACUGGCUCCUCAGGUGGUUCCGAAACCCAGUCUAGUUCCUAAAUCCAACUCCCAGCCCCCAGCCCAGGAAUGCACUAAUACUGACAAGCCUGGAGGCUCCUUGCCACUUCCUCCUCGGCCCCCCGGGGGUAAACUGCUCCCCCCUCGCCCCCCACCCGCUAAAACGCCGCCAGGAAGGCCGCCCCCUCCCCAGACUGCAGGACACAAGCGCACCCAGAGCAGGGGGGCUCCGAAAAGAGGGCCCCCCCUGCCUCCAAGGCCCUGCCCUGGACACCCCCUGUACAGCAGCUACGCAAAGAAAAAUGAGGGCCAGGGGACGCCUGGAAAGCAAAACGGCGGCAGCCCUGAAGGCUACGCCGGAGACGCCCGCAGCCGAGCGCAGAAUUCCUCCACGAAGACGGGCGCUCUUCUCGUAGAUAUCUCCAGCAGCUCAGAACCUCAGACUUCUGGUCCCAAACAAGCUCGCAGGGAGAGCUGUGGGCUGCAGGUGCAGGUGCUGCAUGACUUCACUCCAGAGGGUCCCGGUGAGCUGGCUCUGAGGGCGGGGGACAUGGUGUCCAUGGUGGAGAGGGUGGACGGCGACUGGUAUCGCGGGACCUGCAGGGGCUCUUCCGGAAUCUUCCCCGUCAAUCACGUCAAGCCAACGAGUCCGUCUCCAGCCAAUGGAAAGAAAGAGGGUCCGGCGGCCGCAGCAGCGAGCGGCCCGAGGUGCGUCGCGCGGUUUGACUACAGGGCGGAGCAGGGCGACGAGCUGUCCUUCCCCGAGGGCGCGGUGAUCGGGCUGAAGGAGUACGUGGAUCAGGAGUGGGCCCGCGGCGAGCUCGGCGGGCGCGCCGGGGUUUUCCCGCUCAACUUUGUGGAAGUUGUGGAGGACCUGCCAGCCUCAGGGGCGCAACAGUCGGGCCAGAAGAAGACGGAACCACCCGGCCUGGCAGCUUCCCUUCAAAACCAAGAGGCGCCAAAGUCUUGUCAGAGCGGCCCUUCGGAAGAGGAGUGGGCAUUGGCCCUGUUUGAUUUCACCGCCCAGGCGGGUGAGGACCUGUCCUUCAAGCAGGGGGCUCGGAUCCUGAUCACGGAGCAUGUGGACUCGGACUGGUGCUGUGGGAGGCUCGACGGCAAGGAGGGCCUCUUCCCCAAGGCCUUCGUACAAAUAAACUGCACAGCUCAGGCUGCAGAGAGACCUCACAGUGAGCCUGAGGGCGAAGCACGAGCCAAAGCCCUGUUCAACUUCACCUCUGAGUGUGAGGAAGAGCUGUCAGUCCAGGUGGGGGAUGUGAUAACCAGCCUGGAGUCCAUUGAUGAAGAGUGGUUCUUUGGAGAACUGAGGGGGACGUGUGGCUUGAUCCCCAAAAACUAUGUUCAGGUGCUGCAGGAUCCGUAGAGGAGCACUGGAGGGGAAGGGCUGACCUCAAGUGCUGCAGGUACUGGAGUCCAUGUGGAGAUGAUUUUGUAGUUGGAAAAAGCUGGAAUCGGGAUCAUAGCAAUGGAAACUUGACAUUGAAAUGGGUGUCUGGUACACUCUUGUGAAAUGUAUGAUGAUGAGCAUAUUGUCUCUUGGACUGGAAGUUAUCAACUGAAUUACCUUCAUCUCCGGACACUUUUCCCCACAGAGCUUCAGAAUUUCUCACAUCUUGACUGUAGAUGCCAAUUCUCCUUUUUUUCUCCUUCUCUGUAAAAUCUGGAGGCUGUUCUUUCAGAUGACUGUCAUGUUUACAAAACUAUCUAUAGACUUUGAAGGUAUCUGCCAUUCAGUAGUUUUUGCAAUACACAAUGUAACACAUCCUUUAGGCUACUUUUUCGAUGUUAAAUCUAUUCAGCUUUUUCUACGUAGAAAUGUAUUUUAUGGAAGGCCUUCAUCUUGCUUGUCAAGAGCCAAGUGCCAACUGAAUUAACUAUCACGACUUGGGAUGUGACUCCAGGCUGAAGAGAAUGACUGUGCUAUGCACUAGGUACUCUGGUUCACCAUUUUAUUGCUCUGAUUUAAAUGUGAAUUGGACUGUGUGGAUUUUUAAAUUGGACUUAGUUUGCUUUUGUGUAUCAGACUUAAGUUUUGAGUUUGUUUUGCGUGCAAUACUUUUGACUUCAUGCUAGUUUUCUAUUCUUGUAGCGCCACCUGGUGUCUGUCAGUGCCUUUACAGUUCAACACAGAUGGUGUACACUUGUUCAGUUAGCAACUUCAUUUUUUUUCAGCUUUAAUUGUGCAUGGAAAUAAAGGAUAUUUACUAAUUA